UGCUAGAACAGCUGCUACUAACGAUGGAAACCGUCUACACCAGCAAGCGAAUAUUUCUCAACGGUGCAAACGUCCCGGCGGAAGUGUUUCCCGGUGGGAUCGUCGUGUCAGGGAUCGAUGGUAAGGUGACACGCGUGCUCAGCACCUGGGCCGCUGUCGUCCGAUACUUGAAGGACAACGAAGGUGAUUUUGAGCAUUACGAUUUUGGCGAUCUGUUGCUGAUGCCCGGUUUGAUCGACACACACGUCCACAUUAACGAACCGGGACGUACCGAAUGGGAAGGAUUCCAUACCGCGACAAAAGCAGCCGCUGCGGGUGGUUUUACGACGAUCUGUGACAUGCCGCUUAACUCCAUACCGCCGACGACGAGUGUGGCCAACCUGCGUACCAAGGUGAAGGCGGCUAGAAAGAAGAUAUUUGUGGACGUUGCGUUCUGGGGCGGACUGAUCCCGGACAAUCUGGGCGACCUGCGCCGCAUGAUUGCGUCCGGUGUGAUCGGGUUCAAGUGUUUCCUGUGCCCGAGCGGUGUUGAGGAAUUUCCGCACGUCACGGAGGAGCAGGUGUGUGCGGCGGCACGCUUGAUCGAGGGAACCGGGACAGUGUUGGCGUUCCAUGCAGAAGUCGAAUGUCACCGGCAACAACCCGAUAGCCUGAUCAACGAUCCGUACAAGUAUCGCACCUUUCUCGAGUCGCGCCCAGAUAGUAUGGAGCAGCGGGCGAUCGAGCUAGUGGCGAAGGUGGCCCAGGAGUACAACGUUCGCACACACAUCGUACACCUGUCGUCGGCACAGGCACUACCUACGAUACGUCACGCCCGCGCACAUGGUGCCGAACUUACGGUCGAAACGUGCCAUCACUAUCUUUCACUUGCCGCCGAAGAGGUCCCAGAUGCGCGUACCGAGUUCAAGUGCUGUCCACCGAUACGCGAUCGUACGAACCGGGAACAGCUGUGGCGUGCCAUCCAGGCGGGAGACAUCGAUCUCGUCGUAUCAGAUCAUUCGCCCAGUACGCCACAGAUGAAGCUACUUACCGAUGGUAAGCAGCGGGGUAACUUCCUCCAAGCUUGGGGCGGUAUAUCUUCCCUGCAGCUUGGAUUACCACUGUUCUGGACGCACUGUCAACGGUACGGGCUAACGUUGGUGGAUACGGUACGCCUGCUCUGUACUGAGCCGGCACGUCUGAGUGGACUGGAGCAUCGCAAGGGCCGGCUCGAACCGGGCUACGAUGGGGAUAUCUGCGUGUGGGCCCCGGAGGCCACAUUCACCGUCACGGAGGACAUGAUCGAGUUCCAGCAUAAGGCAACGCCGUACCUACACCGAACGCUGCAAGGCGUAGUACAUGCGACCAUUCUUCGCGGUACAAUCAUCUACCAUCGAUCGGAAGUACCGGCGUUUGGUCCACCGUUGGGCAAUAUUCUUCUUGCGCGACGGCACGAGAAUACCAACAACGAUGUUGAAGAUAACAAGCUGAAGCGCUGCUUACGUCAACCGGUGAAUACAUCUUCGGAGGAGGAAGAGAUUGAGGAUGAUGUAGAUUUCUAAAGUUCGAUAGUAUUUACAUUCUAGUAUAAAUUCUAGCACACUGUUAGAUGUAAACUCUCAUGCGACGACACGCCACCAUAAGACAAUCAUCAGGCCUAUAGCUCAGAUAGGAGUCGUUUCAUAAUUAUUUACUGACCAACCUAUUGACGGUGUACUGUGGCGUGUGACGUGAGCACCGCACCUCUUGCCACGGGGUCAUUGAGCCAAUACGUAGAUUAAUUGAGUGGAAAGUUUUCAACAUUGUUUUGCGUUUAAUGAGACUUUUGCUUGAUUUUUGGUCAACAGGUCGGAUCUUCCUAGAUGAUAAGCGAUGGAUUGCGUGAAGCGCGAUCAGGUUUAGCCUCGCCAUACGUUUCGGCGAUUGUGUUUUAAAAACUGGAGUACAAAAAUAAACUACAAUAUGCCAUCUGACCUUGCGGA